AUGAAGAAACAGAAUGUCCGGACCCUCUCGCUGAUCCUCUGCAUGUUUUCCUACCUGCUGGUGGGCGCUGCGGUCUUCGACGCGCUGGAGUCCGAGUCGGAGAGCUCCCGCAGGCGCAUCCUGGAGCAGAAGCGCAACGAGAUGAAGAAGAAGUACCGCUUCUCCGAGCAGGACUACCGGGAGAUCGAGCGGGUGGUGCUGCAAGCGGAGCCUCACCGCGCCGGGAGACAGUGGAAAUUUGCGGGGUCUUUCUACUUUGCCAUAACGGUCAUUACCACCAUCGGUUAUGGACAUGCAGCACCGGGUACGGACGCAGGGAAGGUCUUCUGCAUGUUCUACGCCGUCCUGGGCAUCCCUCUCACUUUGGUCAUGUUCCAGAGCCUGGGCGAGAGGAUGAACACCUUUGUCCGCUAUCUUCUACGCAAGGCAAAGCAGUGCCUGGGCUUUCGACGUACCGAGGUGUCCAUGGAGAACAUGGUCCUGGUGGGCUUCCUGUCCUGCAUUGGCACACUGUGCGUCGGGGCCUCUGCUUUCUCCCACUUCGAGGGGUGGAGUUUCUUCCACGCUUACUACUACUGCUUCAUCACGCUCACCACCAUCGGCUUCGGGGACUUCGUGGCCCUACAGAAGAAGGAGGACCUACAAGAGAAGACGCCCUACGUGGCUUUCAGCUUCAUGUACAUCCUGGUUGGGCUGACAGUCAUAGGUGCCUUCCUCAACUUGGUGGUGCUUCGGUUUCUCACCAUGAACACAGAGGACGAGAGGCGAGACGCCCAGGAGAGGGCGUCGCUGAAGAGAGACAGGUGCGCGGUGGGUGGGCCGCUAUGCGCUGGGGGAGGAGAGCCGAGCGGAGAUGCGCACAGGGAGGUGGGCGGGAACAACACGGCGAACUGCCGUAGCCACAGCACCCUCUUCCCCCCCAUGGAGGAGGGCACCAGCCGCACCAACCUCAUCGCUUCGCCGGCAGAGGAGCGGGAGAGGAGACCCACGCCCUGCAUAUCGAGCAUGCACUUACAGCUCAAGGCAGACGGAGGCCGGCCCGACUCGAGCCUGGGCUCCCUCUGCUCCUGCGUGUGCUACCGCAUGGGGCUGUGCGAUAGUCCCCUCAUAUCACACAAGGAACACCCGGGCUGCCACAUCAACUCUGUUUACUACAGCUCCAUCUCUUACAGGAUCCAGGGAUGCUCCGCUAACUCCAGGGAAUUCACUGGCCUCUCCUCCCCCGGGAGCACGCUCUCGCCCGGCCACAGUUUCCGGGAGUUCCCCCGCGCUCGGAGGAAGUCGGUGUAG